AUUAAGUGGUGUUCUCUUACUGUUCCUUCCAGCUCUCCCAGGCCAAGUCCGGAAAGUUCAACCCACACGUCCAUGUAGAGUAUGAAUGGAACCUGCGUCAAGACGAGAUGGACGAGAGUGAUGACGACCUGGACGACAAACCAAGCCCCAUCAAAAAGGAGCGGUCACCCAGACCCCAGAGCUUCUGCCACUCCUCCAGCAUCUCACCACAGGACAAGCUGGCGCUGCCCGGGUUCAGCACUCCGCGGGACAAGCAGCGGCUCUCCUAUGGAGCCUUCACCAACCAGAUCUUCGUCUCUACGAGCACAGACUCACCCACGUCACCCACCACCGAGGCCCCCCCUUUGCCACCCAGGAACGCCGGGAAAGGUAUGGGCUUGAGUGCUUGUGGGCUUGACCUCACAGCUGCUAGUCUGGCUGAAGUGGCAGAAUACGGAGCAUACUGUCAGGGACAGCCCAAAAUGGCGACGGUGUCGUCUCUCAGGCGCCGGUAGCGGGAAAGGUAGUAU